AUGUCCACUGUGGCAAUUCUAACCAUCAUUCUGCCGGUUUUCUGCGGUGCCGUUGAGGUGAACUGCUCCCAGCCGGACCAUCCCAGCUUCCUGGCGGCUCUGUCUCCUGCCUUCGACCUGAGCGCCAUCCGACCCGUCGAGAACCAGAAGACCUGCACCAACAUCAGCGUGCACUUCACUCUCUACGGGAUUUUAGGAGUGGAUGAAAAGUCCCAACUCCUCAUCACUUACAUUUGGCUCUACUAUUGGUGGAAGAAUGAGUUCAUCAGUUGGGAUCCAGUCCAAUGUGGCACCGACAAGAUUUCGCUUCCCAAGGAAAAGUUUUGGAUUCCAGAUAUUGUAAUCAAUGAGUUCAUGGAGGAAAAUAAAGCUCCAUCAGUUCCGUAUCUUUACCUGUAUAAUGACGGUAAAAUUAAGGAUACGUUUCCUGUCAGAGUUGUGAGCUCCUGCAACCUGAAUAUCUACACUUUUCCCUUCGACAUACAGAACUGCUCUCUGACUUUCAACUCCUAUGUGUACUAUGCUCAAGAGAUCAAAAUUUUCCUCGGGCGAGACCCGAAAACAAUCACAGAGCUCUCGAAGAAUGUGAUGACCACCAUGGGUGAAUGGGAACUGGUGGACAUCACUGCGCAGAAACUAGUGAAUAAUGAUGAGUCGGGUCUAUAUACAGACAUGCUUGCAUUUUAUGUCCGAGUGCGGCGCCGUGCCACCAUGUACGUGGUGAAUCUGCUGCUGCCCAGCUGCUUCCUCAUCACUUUGGACCUCUUCAGCUUCCUGCUGCCUGCUGAGAGCACAGACAGGUCCUCCUUCAAGAUGACCCUCAUCCUGGGCUACACCGUCUUCCUGCUCAUCAUGAACGACCUGCUGCCAGUCACUGGAAACACCAUACCUCUGAUAAAUGUCUUCUUCUCUCUCUGCCUGGCUCUGAUGGUGGCCAGUCUGCUGGAGACCAUCCUCAUCACCAACCUGCUGAGCAACUCGGCUGACUUCUCUCCCGUCCCUCGAUGGAUUCGGAUUCUCGUUCUGAAUUGUCUCGGCUGUCUCGUUUGCAUGCCGCAAAAAACUGAGAAGCCCAAAAAUUCAGACAAGAGGACGAUGUCAGUGGUCGCAGAAAUGAAAGCCGAUGAAGGAACAGGAACAGAAGGACCAGCUGAGGAAGACGAGGCCCUGAUGGAGCUGAAGAGCCUGAGCCGCGUCCUGCAGGCCAUCCGCUGUGAGGUGGAGCAGCAGCAGAACGGGAAGCAGAGCUCUGAGGAAUGGAUCCAGGUGGGUUUCAUCAUUGACCGCCUGCUGUUUGGCCUCUACAUCGCCUUCAUAUCAGUCAGCUUCUUCACCAUCAUCAUCGUCUGGAUUAAAUCAUACAACCAGUAG